UUUGUGUUUCUGUGCUUUUCAAAGGACUCUGUGUUUUGAAUACAACGCUGCGGUGUCCAAAUGUCUUAGUCUGUGUGCGGGUGCUGUUCACCGUGUAUCGGUUUUCUUUCUAUAUAUAGACGCAACGGGAACUUGAGGAAACUGUUCGAAAUCGAAAGCAACCGGACCGAAGUAAUGCUUGUUGGAGAGGCCAGAGAGGGCUGGAGCGCUGUGUGAUGAAUGGUGAGGUGUAGCGAGCUGGCGGCUAUGGCAGAAGACCGUGCUGAAGAAGUGGGACGCCUGUUCGUGCAAGGGAGGAGCAGAGGAAUCGCAGGAAGAGAAGUGCAAACACACAGGCGUGGCGGACAGCACAGGAGAAACGCACUCAGAACAGCCCGGCGGAACCUCGGCACAGCACCAACGAGAGAAAACAGGCUGCUCGUCGAGCAACGGAGCACAGAUACCACAGAACACACACAACAAACACGUCCACCCACUCUUUCUGCGCUCUGCCACGAGGUUUCAACGCUUCUGCAGAUCUGCGCUGCGUCCAUCCCUACACCCACCGCAUUGUUGCGCGUAGUUUUUCCGUCUCCGUGCCCGUCUGCCCCUCGCGUGCGCCGUCUUCUGUCGCCUCGGACGCCUCCUGUCGACGUCAGCAGCCCCGUUGCCCACGUCAGAACACCGGAGCACCCAAAAACAGCACACGCCUCGAUGGGGCGCAGAGAUCUUGUCCACAACAACAACAAUAACAACAACAACAACAAUCGCGUACAGAAUGCGUCUUCCGCCGAGAACCCACCGAGGGCGUUAACGUACAAAAAGCGCGUCGUGCAUAGCGCCUUCUUUUUUGCUUCUUUUUUGCUUCUUUUUUCGAUUCUUUUCCAUCUAUUUCUGCACUGUUGGACUCGUUUCUUGUUUUCGCGGAGCGCGCUGGGCCGAUCGACGGAAUCGGGCUGUGCAGGGUAUUUUUGUUUGUGUGCCGGAUGGGGGUGAAGAAAAUGGAGUUGGAGACGGAGACGGAGACGGAGAUGACGGGUGGAGACGGUGGAAUGGGACGGAAGGGUGGGGCAGCAGAAGCCAG